UUUUUUCCCGUCGUCGAGGACCUGCCCCUGCGGGGCCGGUCAUCUCCUCUCGGCCCCCACGCGCUAUAUAUCGACGUCCAUCCUCUAUUGCUGGAUUCCAACAUUCCUCCAUCUUGUUCUCUCUUGGUAUCAUGGCGGAGAAGCAUUUCAAGUACGUGAUUCUUGGGGGAGGAGUGGCCGCGGGGUACGCUGCCAGGGAAUUUGUCAAACUUGGUCUCAAGGCUGGCGAACUAGCGAUCAUUUCCAAGGAGGCGGUAGCUCCUUAUGAGCGCCCAGCUCUUAGCAAAGGGUAUCUCUUCCCUGAAGGGGCUGCUAGACUUCCAGGCUUUCAUGUAUGUGUUGGGAGUGGUGGAGAAAGAUUGCUGCCUGAAUGGUACAAAGAGAAAGGUAUUGAGCUCAUUCUUAGCACUGAGAUUGUAAAAGUGGAUCUUGCUUCCAAGAUCCUCAUAAGUGCAGCCAAAACAACUUUUACAUACGAAAUUCUGCUCAUUGCAACUGGCUCGACGGUCAUCAGGUUGUCCGAUUUUGGUGUUCAAGGAGCGGAUGCUAAGUACAUAUUCUAUUUGCGGGACCUUGAUGAUGCUGAUCAUCUUGUGGAAGCAAUUAAAGUAAAAGAGGGUGGAAAAGCUGUGAUCGUUGGCGGCGGCUACAUAGGUCUCGAAUUGGGUGCAGCAAUGAGGAUUAAUGAUUAUGAUGUCACGAUGGUCUAUCCUGAGCCAUGGUGUAUGCCACGCCUUUUCACUGCAGGGCUAGCAGCUUUCUAUGAGGGCUACUAUGCAACAAAAGGAAUUAAGAUAGUUAAAGGGACAGUGGCUGCUGGGUUUGACACAGAUGCAAAUGAAGAUGUAUGUUCAGUGAGACUAAAGGAUGGAAGGGUGCUGGAUGCUGAUAUUGUUAUUGUUGGCGUUGGAGGCAGACCACUCACAGCAUUAUUUAAGGGUCAAGUCGAGGAGGAGAGAGGUGGAAUCAAGACAGAUGGUUUCUUCCGGACCAGUGUACCUGGUGUUUAUGCAAUAGGCGAUGUGGCAACUUUUCCAUUGAAGUUGUACAACGAAAUGAGAAGAGUGGAACAUGUUGAUCACGCCAGAAAAUCUGCAGAGCAGGCUGUGAAGCACAUCAAGGAAACUGAAGGGGGAGAGGCAGUUGAAGAGUAUGAUUACCUCCCAUACUUCUAUUCCCGCGCCUUUGAUCUGUCAUGGCAGUUUUAUGGGGACAAUGUUGGUGAGACUGUCCUCUUUGGUGACAAUAAUCCUGAAUCUCCAAAGCCGAAGUUUGGUACAUACUGGAUUAAAGAUGGAAAGGUUGUGGGCGCAUUCCUUGAAGGUGGUACACCAGAGGAGAACAAGGCCUUAGCGAAGAUAGCCAGGAUCCAGCCUCCGGUUGAAAGCACAGAUCUACUUAUCAAGGACGGCAUUGGCUUUGCUUGUAAAUUUUGAUUGAAAGAGUCUUCAUAUUCCAUUUGAGUGGACACUGGACAGAAGCGUAGUUGUAUUGGUGCUUGGUGUCUGUGUUGUGCUUGUUUUUGUCAAUGUAAUAUCAUAGUGCGUAUUGCCUUGUCAUUGUCCUGCUAGUAAUAAGAUUGAUGACGAUAUCUUCAAGGAA